AUGCCGCCACCCGGCCCCACCGGACCGUCACCGCCCGUGGGAGGCGGGGCGGCGGGUUCGGUCCCAUCACCAUCAUCCUUAUUAUCGGCGCCAGACUCAGCCAACGCGCGGGUACUGCUGCGCUCACUUGAAGACUUGCGCGAUGCUCUGUCUGCGCGCGUCGACCAGCUCACAGUCGCUGUCGAGCGUCUUCGUGGACAGGCAAGCGAGUUAGACCGAGCAGUCUCGGCGGGCUCGCCCCUUACUCCAGGCUUCGGACGCCCAACAACGGUUGGAAGCUUCGACAACAUUGGUCCCCUUUUACUCCCCCGUCCUUAUGUCUCGGUCCCACCACGUCGACGGUCUGUUAUCCCCCGAAGCAACGCUACUCCUGGACCUGACCGCACUCGCGAUACGGGCCGUGAGACACUCUCCGCGCGCUUGUCGACUUGGCGCCAGCACAUCAACUCUGCCGAACAACGCAGGCCUCCGACGACUACACCUCCACCGAUUCCACCUGGCGAUCAGUCUGGACCAUCGCCUUCGUCUACGACCAUGAGGGGUGGAUUUGCACCCACCAACCUCGACGCGAUUGCAAGACAGCCCAAGCCCGUCAUAGUGCGGUCGCCGGCGGCCUCGGCGGAGCCCGACGAACAGACAACGCCCGUGGUUCGCACAGUUCCCGUGCCUCCUGAAGUGCCUGCGGUUGAUGAGGCAGAGGCUCCUCCUCCCGACGACUCAUCACCACCGCCAGACACACCUUCGUCGUCGCAGUUGGAGACGAUCAACGUGCAUGCAAACAGGACUUUUGGUUCAGACGAGGACCUUUACACUUCACCUCUCGACAAUCCAGCUCGCGACGUGCCAGACGUUCCAGAUGAAGAAGCGGCUCCACCGCCACCACGGCCAACUCAUCGUCCCGACUCGUGGGCUCGAGCUGUCGCCGCUGGCAUGACAACCAGGGGUCUGAUGGUCCAUGAACGGCAGGGGCUCUCGUUGAUCAACAACAGAGUUCCAGCGGAUAACCCAACAGCAGUUGAAGACCCAACCCCUGAACCAUCUCCCCGUGAUGCGCUCGACCGCGACAUACACGCCCUCCAGCACCGUCUCGACGAAACCCAACGCGAGUGGUACAAUGCUUGGGAUCUCGAGCGCAGCAGUGCCAUCAUUCACAGCCGUGUUCCCAACCAGUAUAGCACCGUCCGUGCCGAUGCCAUGCGUCGGCAUGUGGAGAACUCGCAUAGGCUCUGGACGCUAAUGUCCCGCCGUGCCCAGCAGUACGGCCCGCCGGAACCAUUGGAUGCCAAUGGGCAGCGCCGCCCCGUUGCCGCCAUGCGUCAUAUCCUUCUCACGUCGCCCUCUUUCCUUCGUCCGCCUGGGUACUACCGUCCUCGACCCCCGCGUCGUGCCAAUGCCCCAAGCCUCUUGGAGCCCCAGCCGUCGUCCCCAGCUGACGAAUCUGCUGUCCAAGACAUGGAGCGAGUCUGGAUCCAGCGCAUCCAACGCGAGCGGGCUGGUGACCCGCUGGAGCGCAGCCCCGACCAGUUUGAGUACGAGUACUAUCGCGACUUUAUCUACGAUGACCGCCGUCGCCGUCAUGCCGUACCAACGACAAGCCUCCCUCCCAACGCACCCGAGUCGUCCGCCUCUUCUAGCUCGGCGACGGACGACACUGAGGAUUCGUGGCCCGCUCGUCGCCUGGAGCUGCUCGGUGGCCUUGUUCGCACCCAAUCGCGUCCAGAAGUGGCCCCCACGUUACCUCCUGUCCACAGACCCACAAGACUUGAAACGCUUCUGGGGCGGGACGGGCCAGCCCCAGGAUCGCUCCCAUCGGCCCCACAGGAAGAGUACUGGGUGGCCCAUCGCCGGCAGUUGCUCGAGUUCAUCGAGCAGUCCCGUGGACGCGUGCACGAGAUGGCCCGUGAGCUCAGUCCUCACGUCCUCGCCGAGGAGAGACCGGGCAUGCGCCGCGUCCUCAUGGGCAUUGAGCGUAUGCUCGCAACUCCCGACAUGCCCCUCGACAUGCGUACCCGUUUCGAACGUCUUGCUCAGCGCGAGCGCGACGUGUUGCGUGAGGUCGAUGCGGCAGCGCGUGUGGAGAGUGCCCGUCCCGCUGUGGAUCGCCAGCGUCCUGCCAUGGUUCUUGAGCGUAUUGAGCGGACACGUGCUCGAGUCCGUGAACUGUCGCGUCUGCAUGACGACCUCGCCACCGUUCGCGCCGGCAUCGGUCUCGGCCGCCCCAUGAGCCGCCGUGCUUCGGACGCUGACACCGUCGUUCCAUCCACGUUUACUGUUGGUGACCUCGAGUUUGACGUUGAUAUCCCACCGCUCUCGCCGAUGACUCCUCCAUCGCUGCUGCCAGAGUUCAGCGAGAGGCGUCUGCCACCUAUUCCACCCCUGCCGGCCCGUCUUAUGCAAGACAACGCUCCCGAGCGUGUCGACACGCCCACCGACGUUGCGGCUGAGAGAUCUCCCGCUGCUCCCGACCUCGCAGAGCUGGAGCUACCUCCAACCCAACCCGCUUCUCCCUCUGUAUCCGAGCCUCUGUCCUUGGAACCGUCCGUCGCCGAGUCUUCAACCUCGUCAUCAGACUCUCACCGCGCCACCUCGUCUCACAUUAUCGAAGAAAGCAACGCCACGGCCACAAAGGAGACGGGCGAACUCGGUGCUGACAGCUGGCCUGUACCUCGCACAACGACUGCUCGCCGUCCUCCUCGUCCCUAUGUUAGCCUCCUCGAUCUCUAA